AUGCAAGAAUAUAGAGCUGAAGAAAAGAUAAGACAAUACAAGAGUGAGAUCUGCUAUAGAGCUAUCAAUUGUUUAUCCAAAAUGGGAAUAGCUAUCGCUGGAGUAGUCUACAGUAUCAGAUAGAUCAGCUUAUAUGAUAGCAACUAUAUUCCUUAGUAUGAAGAGCAAAAGUUUUACUAUCUCUUCUUGUCAGUGUUCCUAUUGAUAGAAUGUCUCGAUUAAUUUAUUGAUUUCUUCUACAAAAUAGAGAAUUGCUCUUUGAAAUACCGUGUUACUGCAAUUAUUGGGAGUGUUGUAAUCAUGUCGCUCUAAAUUCCUUUUAUUAUUUUCGGUGUGCUUAUGUACAUUCAGAGAGUCGAUUAAUCUUGGGGAGAGAAAAAGAAUAUUUUUGUGAGUUAUGAACUUGCUCAGAGCAAGACUAUUCCUAAUAUUUCAAAGCAAGAAAGGAUCUAAGUUGCUGGCAGAGACGCGAAUUAAUACAUUGAAAGUUUAUAGAUAGAUUACUUGAUUUUUUCAAUUAUAACUGCUAUUGGACUAGUUGAAAACGUUUGCUAAAUAACUUCAGUUAUCAUAAAAUUAGCAGACAAACCACUAAGAAGAUUAAUAGAAGAAUUAAUAUUUCGUUUGCUAUUCAGAGGUGCCGGAGUUAUUGUUAUGAUUCAAAUAUUCCUUCAUCCACUUCAGCUGUCUUUUUUCAUAGAUAGUAGGGAUAAAGGAGAAAUAAAUUUGUGGAAGAAUUAAUCUAGAUAUUCAAAAAUAGCGAGCUUUGAUUAAGAAAUAGGAAUAGAAAGAGCUUAUGCUCUAGUGAUUGCAGCCUUAGAAAUAAUGAUUGGAGUAUAUAAAUGCGCAUAAUUAGUAAUAGAUUUGAGAAUUUAAUAAAAGGAAAAUAAAAUUGUGUAGCUAUAAACAGAAAAGAAAAAUGUGUUAGAAAAUGGUAAAAAAAUCAAAGAAGCUGCGGAGAGAGAAAAUGAGAAGAAGAAGCUUAUAGAUAUAGAUACUAAAUUGGGAGUAGAAAAAUAAAAGCCUGUUUAGGGAUUUAAUGUGAUAAAAUUAAUUGAGAGACUUUGUACAUUCGUAAUUUUACCUGGUAUGAUCUUGUUUUUAAGCAUUCUUGUUUACAAUUUCAUCAAUAUAUCUUCAUUCACCUUCGAUGAACAAAGUGCUGUGUUUUUCUCAAGCAUUUGCAUCGAGUUAGGACUCGUAGUUUUAGUACUUUCGUUCCUUAUCUGUGCACUAUUGAUGAGAUGCUGUAUUGGAAGAUGA